UUUUACAACUAGUUUUCGUUUCUCUAAUCUCAGCCGACGGAGUGGGAAGAGCGACCGCAGAAAGAUCACAACAAUGUUGUCAGACUGCAUACUAAUUGUAUUUAUAUCAGUAUGCACAGCCCUUCUUGGAGAAGGUCUGACGUGGCUGAUGGUGUACCGAACAGAAAAGUAUAAGAAGCUGAAGGCCGAAGUGGAAAAGCAAAGCAAAAAGUUGGAAAAACAGAGGGAGACUGAGUCCAACGACCGAGUUCAAAAGAAAAAAUUGGAGCGCCAAGAGGAAAAAUUGAAGACAAACAGCAGAGAUCUGUCUUUGGUGAAGAUGAAGUCCAUGUUUGCCAUUGGAUUUGCCUUUACAGCUUUGCUGAGCAUGUUCAACUCAAUAUUUGACGGACGAGUGGUGGCCAACUUGCCUUUCACCCCGAUCUCCUUCAUUCAAGGAAUUUCUCACCGCAACCUGCCCGGGGAAGACUACACCCACUGCUCCUUUAUCUUCCUCUACAUCCUGUGUACCAUGUCCAUCAGACAG